CCCCAAGCUGGCUAGGAUGGUCCUUCCUUUUAACUCUGAUCAAUGCUCAGAAUAACCUGGAGAAGCCAGAGGACAGAUGGAGGGGACUGUGCUCUGCAUACUGCUUCUUCAAGGGCUUCUGGGCCUUGGAUGGGGAGAGAGUGAAGAACUUCGCCUUUAUCAUCAUCUCUUCAGCAACUAUGAUGCUGGCACGAGGCCAGUUAGGUGGCCAGAAGAGAAAGUCUCUGUUAAUUUAAAAGUCACCUUGACCAACCUUAUCUCAUUGAACGAGAAACAGGAGACUCUCACAACCAGUGUCUGGAUUGGAAUUGAAUGGAAUGAUUAUCGACUCAACUACAGCAGCAAGGACUUUGGGGGCAUCACAACUCUGAGAGUUCCAGCUAACCUCGUGUGGCUUCCUGACAUCGGGCUGGAGAACAACAUAGAUGGUGUGUUUGAAGUGGCCUACGAGGCCAAUGUGCUGGUGAAUGAGGGCGGCUCUGUGAGCUGGCUCCCCCCUGCCAUCUACCGCAGCACCUGUGCAGUGGAGGUCACCUAUUUCCCCUUUGAUUGGCAGAACUGCUCACUGGUCUUUCGGUCUCAGACGUACAGCUCAGCAGAGGUGGUUUUCGUCUUCUCAGAGGAGUCUGGUCAGAUUGUCAACAAAAUACAGAUCGAUGAGGAGGCCUAUACAGAGAAUGGCGAGUGGGCAAUCGAUUUCUGUUCUGGGCAAAUCUGGUACCACGAAGACCGCUCCGUGGAUGCCCCUGGGAACAUGGAAAUCAUCUAUACCCUUAUUAUCCGCAGGAAGCCCCUUUUCUACAUCAUCAAUAUCAUCGUGCCCUGUGUUCUCAUCUCAAGCCUUGUACUGCUAGUCUACUUCCUGCCGGCUCAGGCCGGCGGGCAGAAGUGCACAGUCUCCAUCUCGGUCCUCCUGGCCCAGACCGUUUUUCUGUUCCUUGUGGCCACGAAAAUUCCAGAGACUUCUCUGAGUGUCCCCCUUUUGGGGAGGUAUCUCAUUUUCGUCAUGGUGGUAGCCGCACUGAUUGUCAUGAAUUGUGUCAUCGUUCUCAACGUAUCCUUAAGGACGCCAAACACGCAUGUUAUGUCCCCUCGGUUACGUCAUGUUUUCUUAGAGCUGCUGCCAGGGCUUUUGGGUUCUAUGCCAUCUCCACCGGCGCAGGGAGCUGGCUCUUCCCAACGCAGGGCUUCCUCCCUGGGAAUUUUGCUCCGUGCAGAGGAGCUGAUCCUGAGGAAGCCCCGGAGUGAGCUGCUGUUUGAGGGGCAGAGACAUCGGCAUGGGCCAGGGCCAGCCUCUUCCACUGCUGCGCUGUGUCAGAGUCUGGGAACUGCCGCGUCAGAGAUUCGUUGCUGUGUAGACUCGGUGAACUUCUUGGCAGAAAGCAUGCGGGAACAGGAAGACUCUGGGGAGGAAGUUUCCAGCUGGGUCCUCGUGGGAAAGGCCUUGGACAACAUCUGCUUCUGGGCAGCCUUGGUGCUCUUUGGGUUUGGCACAGGCAUUAUCUUUCUUGGGGGUUACUUGAACCGAGUACCCGAAUUGCCCUUCCCCCCUUGUAUGUAGACCAUCCUUUGGACCAGGAUACCUGUAAUCCAAGAAUCCACUCCAUCUUGCCUCUUCUUGGCUAGUCCCAUCCUGAAACCAGAUCUUCAGCGACCAGUCAGUAAGGCCCAAGUGGAAAGGAGAACUCCCACAUUUCCCUUCCCAGGAAUCUUCCUUUUAACACCAUAAUAAUAGUAACAGCUAGUACUUAUGUAGUGUUUGCAAAGCACUUUACAUGUCAGCUCACUUGAUCCUCAUGACAACCUUAUGAAAUAGGGAUUUAAACUCCAUUUUAAAGAUAAGUAAACAGAGGCACAGAGAGGUUAAGGGACUUGUCCAGGGUUACCUAGGUUGUACAUGUCUGAGCCAGGAUUUGAACAUUUGUUUUCCCAAUUCCACAUUUCAUACUAUCCAUUGUACCACCUAACCUUGACCUGAAUCCCAAGCCCAGUCUCCCAGUUCCCUCCCCCCCACCAAAAAAUAGACCAUCUUAUUGACCUAAACAACCCUCUAAAAAACCGUUAUGUGUGCAAUACUGGCUUUGGCUCUCCUUUGCCGGAAAUACAGUAGACCAUCCUCCCUCAUGGCCUCAUAUCAUAUUCUUCCCCAUCCCCCAAUAAAGCUUGUUUCUGCUAGUUAUCCUCUUGAACUGUGUUGUCUUGUGGUGUUUUACCUCCCAGCCUUGGGUGUCUUGGAAGCCACCCUACUUUCCAAAGCUUUGGCUUAGGGAACUUAAAUUGCAAGAACUGAAACCCUCAAGCUCUUUCCCCCUGGCAACAUGAGUGGUGAAUGAGUGGCAAAAGGGAGAAUGCCACCCUUCUUCAGAAUCUGGAACCUCACAAACCACACUGACACCUGGUUACCUUUUGUUCUCUAAUUACAUUGAAUCUAUUGUCUUAGAACCACAAAUGUCAAUGCUAGAAUGGAUUGCUUAGGGUCACGGAACAUUUUCAUUGUACCUAGAACCUUAGUCCCAACUCCCAGUUGGGACUUUCCAUUCCAGUCAACUGCUUCUGAUAGGAAUUAGGCAACCAGAGUACGGUUUAGCUCUGUUUAUGAGCAACACAAUUCAGGAAACUGUCCUCUGUAUUCUACUUGGACUUGGGAUUUGUGUUUCUUGGCAUUCUCCAUGUUCCUAAAGGGAGGGGAAUCUUUACUCAGCUUGAGUCAGAGACAGGAAGUGGCACUGAGAUCAAAGGGGCUUCUGAGGAAGGGAGCCUGUGGCUCCUAAGGGAUGAAAACUAGAAAAUAGCUGUGAGACAGGAGCUCUGCCCUUUACCUAGCUAUGAGGCCAUGAGGGAGUCUAAUAGGUCUGAUAGCUGGUCAGCAGAGGUUAGAGGUAGAGAAAGAGUAAUUAGAGCCUCCUAGGAGAAAGUGAAAGAAGUAUGGGUAAGGAUCCCCACCCCUAUCCAUUUCACUUCCCAUAAAUGAUGGAAGCCCCUUCCUCUUCUCUCUGAUAUCUCCCUAUCCCAUACACAUAUUCCUGGGUUCUUGAUUCAUUCAUCUUGGGGUCUACUCUGACCACCUCCUUUUUAUUACUGAUUUAACUGCUGAACAUAUAUAUCUUUGUAGUUGUAAUUCUUGUGCUGGGUUCCCUGGGCAAAAAAAAAAAGCAA